AGUUACCUGAGGAAUUCAAAGGGUUUGGCUGCCCUGGUUGCUGAGUCUCUAGCAACAGCUGAAUCCGGGUGCUUAUUUGGGUCUCUUCUUGGAUAAACACUCCUUUGUCCCUUCCUGUCUGAGCUCAGCAUCGCCAUAUAGCCAUUUCCUAGGUCCCUGGAAACCAUCAGUUGGGACAGGGGGACUAUUAAAUCUGUGGCAAUCCUCUCACCAAGUAUAUAUUGGACACACCACAAAAGAUCUACACAUGAUGCAGUGCACUGUACUACAAAAUGGUGAUCUAAAUUCCUUAAAACGCAGGACAUUUGGUUUUGUGCUUGAAGAAGACAAGAUUGUGUCUUUUCAAAAUCACCCUGACAUGGAAACAGUGAGUUCCUGUGAAAAGAACCCCAUGGAAGUGCUUUAUGAACCAAAGAAUAUCUGCAAGGCCUUCCAGGAUAUUUCUACAUACUUCUCUGAUGAAGAGUGGGGAAAGCUGACUCAAUGGCAGAAAAGUGCCUACGUGUACAUGAAAAGAAACUACAUCAGAAUGACUGACCUAGGGGUCACCGUGAACCAACCGGUUUUCAUGCGUGGUAAGGAGCAGGACAAGCAAUCCCUGGUUGAAGGCAUUGAAGUUCAUGACAGUGAUGAAACUAGUGGCAUUCGGGUCAAUGUUUGGAGCCACCGGCUGCGAGAGAGGAAGUAUCGAGUGAUAUAUGAAGAGAUUAGUGAUCCUGAAGAGGAAGAAGACGAUGAUUACUGAACCAACAGUCGAAAUAAGCCCACGGUGGAAGAAGGAUGGAGUGGCGAUUCAACAUCACAGCUACAGCUUUGAAAGACUAAAUAUCAGCAGUAUAGAUACAUACAUUUAUUUAUAUAUUUAUUGAUGAUAUACACUUAUACCUAUAUUUAUUUAUUUAUAAAAGUCUACUGGAAUUCUGAGUUAA